UACUUGUUUAUACACUAAAAGUCUCUGAAAAUCAUGGUGAAAACCUCCGUUCAUGGAUAUUACUGGUUGACUCGGUAGACUCGGCAGCUCUUUUGAGUCCCGGACUUGACUCAGGCCGAAUCUUCCGAGUCUAAACGAGUUUGCACCGGGUCUACCGUCCCCGGGAAAUGGGGGACGGUCGCGGAGCUGAAGCAGAAGUUCCGUGAUGACUCAGCUGAGUCUUUGAACCGUGCGUCUUACCGAGGAUAUCUGCAUAGUCCUUGUGCAUUCAUUGUGUGUUUCGUAUCAGUGGCAUUUUCGGUAUCAGCUUUCCUAUUGAAAUUGCUCAUUCACCUCAACAUUGUGCUUUGAACAUGGCCGCAACCUCCUCGUCUCUGGCAUGAGAUUUUGAGUCUUGCCUCAAUAGUUGGGGAAGUUUAUUGUUUGUCGAAAACGAAUUUGUUUCCCUUUAUAAUAUAUUUACUAAGUUUCCGCACUUGUUUAAUGAUAAAAUCAGAAUUUUACUCGUCUUGUUGCAUUAUCUUAAAUGGAAAUGGGUUGAAAAUUUUCUAGAUUCGUCAAGAAGAAUAAUGGACAAUGUUGGAUUUGAAUUUGCAUUAGGCAUUGACUGGUAAAUUUUAGAAUUUAGCUGGAUAAUCUUGAGUGGAAGAAGGGACCAAUAUACUAGACCUUAAAAUGGCUUGUGCAAUCAUUUUAAUUCGUGCUGUUCCUUGAAAACCAACAAUUUUUUUUAAUAUGUAAAUCAAGCAGAUGAAGAAGGUUCAAUCACAGAGUGGUUGCUUAAGAUUGUUAUGUAGCAUUGACGGGUGGCCUUACAUAUUUGAGUGGUCUUGAGGUCUGUAUUUUGAUAAUGCGUGGGGGUAACCUCUUUUUUGCUUUUCUUCCCCCCAUCUUUAAAGGUGGUAUAGCUAGUUCAUUUAGGUCUCUAGGAGGUGCUAUCAUUGCAAUGCUCUAUUUAUCUUAGUUCUCAAGCAUAUAAUUCAAACUAAUGCUGUGUUACUGUAAAGUAGACUUGCCAUGCUUGUGAUGUUACUCUUGAAUUUUGAUCUUCCUUGAUCAUUCUAGUUCACCUAGCUACAAUUUGAUAACAGAGCUGUUCAAAUCACAUUGCUUUUCUCUUCUCAUGCUUGCAUGUGCUGACCAAACUCUGAUCUUCUCAUGCUCGCAUGUACUGACCAAAUAGCAUUACAGAAUCUAAAUGGGAAGAGAUUGACUCCAUAUAAGUUCUCCCUUGUUACAAGCUUCUAUAUCCAGCUUUCCUCACAAUUUUCUUUCUCCCAGUGCUCUGAUUGAGGAGGUGUCUCAAACCAGCAUUCUUUCAUGGAUAGGAAACGGAAAUUGCAAGCAGAAGAAUUAGGCACGCCUCCACCAAAGCUUAAAUGGCCAAGUCAAGGCUUUGCUCUAGAGUAUAUUUUUCCCGCUAAUGCUGAGUCAGAUGUAAUAGAUAAAGGGGAGUUAAGUGGAAUAUCAACAGCUGAGGAGUCAGAACAAGAGUCUGCCAAAGAUAGCAACAGUGUUUCUGCUGAUGCUGACUCGAGCAUUUCUGUGUCUAGCGAAGCUGAAGUAGGAGCUGGUCAUGGAUAUUUCAAAGAAUAUUCAUCUGACAUGCCUGUCAAUUCUUCUGUUGACUGGGGAGGCGAUUGUUCCAAGCAUGCCUUAAAUUCUUCUGAGAGCAGUUUCAUAACGGAAUCAAGUUCCCAUAUUCUGGAAUCACCAUCUAUUGGCAACAAGCAUGAUUUUCCCCAUCAUGAUAUCGGCCUGAAGUCAUCCCUGAAUUAUGAGGAGCACCUCCUGGAAUUUGGAAGUCAUGGCGAUUGCAGUUGUCCAGAAUGCAGAGCUGGCUUUGAAGAAUACACAGACAAGGAACUUGAAGAAAUGCUUUAUUCUAAUGGGGUGAAUCCCAAUAAUUAUGUUCUUUCUUCUGGAAGAUGGACUCUCAACCAAGAUACUCAGCAAAGCACCAAGAAGUUAACCAUUGAUAAAGAGUUCGAGCAGUACUUUUCCAUGCUUAUGCUGUGACCCAGUUCUUUUGAACACGAGCAUUUUAUGUACAUUAUUUAAUAAUUGAUGUUGUAUGCAUUUACUAACUAGACGAAUGAAGCUUCUCAUUUUAAUCCUUUCUUUUGUCAAUUUUUUUGUCAUUUCAGCUUUUUCUUAGAUUGAUUGAUCAUGUUAACCUUUAUUUCGUGUAUUUGUAGUUUUGUUAUGCCAACAUAAGGCAAGAAAUGAAAAUCUUGUCAUACAAAGUUUUCAGGCUUUCAGCUAAGAUACGCCACUCCAAGUCUUCAGAAAAGUUUCCUGACUGCUGGGCUUUUGGGUAUGCUUAACAUUUUGGGCUUUUUUCUUUUUGUUUCUCUGUUCUCCUUAAAUCUUGUGAAUAAAUUUCAAAUUCUUGUCAUUCAUCAUGCUCUUUGAACCAGUCUUGUACUUGAUUGUUUAUGUUGUGGUGCUUCAUUUGAUGCUUUAUUGAUUUUCUCAGAUCCAUAUGGCCUUUUUUCUAGUUGAAUUGAAACUAAUGCAGAUGAGACAAAAUUGGGGUCGACAACUUUUGAUUCAAUUGCAAGUUUUUAGUUACUUACUGGUGCAUUGGCUGUGAAUUGCAGAUAUUGCUUAAAAACAUUGUGUUUUUUUUUCCAACUAUGAAUUUAGCUUUCUCAGAGACUGAAUAUUCUUCUGAACCAGCUAUGUGAUAGAAGAAGAAUGAACAGAAACUAAUGGCAGGUUGAGAGAUAGGGAUUGAUACCAAGUGUGAAUGAUUGGAAAUUCAAAGUAAGAGGCUGUGGGUUGGCUGUAACUGUUUUAGUUAGUUGGUAAUGACUUCAUCAUUUUUUGUCUUUUUGCAGACAGCUAUUACACUUUCUGGACAACUUUUUAUAGCUCAAGUGAGUGAAAUUCCAUCUUGGGGCCUUUUUCUUUUUGUAGAUUUGGAUCGAUAUUGUUUGAUUAAAGCCUGGAAUGUCAUGUUUGCUUUGCUAAGCAUGCUACGUGCAUAACUUAUUCAAUGUUGGGCUUAAAGACUUGGUUGUUAAUAGUUUUAGUAGUUAAAUUUCAAACCACGUGUUCUGUGUAAAGUAAUGUUGAUUAACAAACUUGAUGUUGAUUAACAAACUAAUGUUGACUAUGAAAAUCAGGGAAUAGUGAACUUGAUGAAUCUGCUUUGAAGCCUGGUGUUCUUGGUAAUGUUGAGAUUAGGAAAACUUUAUGACCACCAAUGUUGGACCAAUUUUGGGAUUUAAAAAAAAAAGAAAAA